UCCCAUCUGGUCACUAAGGGGGAGAUCCCUGAGCUUGGAGGAGGCAGGAGAUGGCAGCAUGAUGGAGCAGCUGGAUGUGCCCCUCGGUGCCACCCCUGUGGGUCCGGCCUUCCCCCAGGGGGAUGUCCUGGCCACCCAGUUCCUGCAGGCCGAGCUGGAGCAGAACGUGCGUCUCAGGGAGCUCUCCUUCCUCGACCCCGUCCGCUACAUCUACAACCCUCUGGAAUACGCCUGGGAGCCCCACGAGGACUACGUGAGGAGAUACUGCCGUUCCCCCAAAGAGGUGCUUUUCCUCGGCAUGAACCCCGGCCCCUUCGGGAUGGCACAGACCGGGGUGCCAUUUGGGGAGGUGCGCCACGUCCGGGAGUGGCUGCAGAUCCGCGGGCAGGUGUCUAAGCCAGCCCAGGAGCACCCCAAGAGACCUGUCCUGGGGCUGGAGUGCCCCCAGACAGAGGUGAGCGGUGCCCGCUUCUGGGGCCUCUUCCGCUCGCUGUGCCCUGAGCCUGAGGCCUUCUUCCGCCGCUGCUUCGUCCACAACCACUGCCCGCUGCUCUUCAUGAGCCAGAGCGGCAAGAACCUGACGCCAGCCGACCUGCCAGCCGCCCAGCGUGAGCGCCUGCUGCAGGUCUGCGACGACGGGCUGGCCCAGGCCGUGCGCCUGCUCAGUGUUGCCAUGGUGAUCGGCGUGGGCCGCUUCGCCGAGCAGCGGGCCCGCAAGGCCCUGGCUUCGGCUGGCCUCCAGGUCCGGGUGGAAGGCCUGAUGCACCCCUCGCCCCGCAACCCCCUGGCCAACAGGGGCUGGGAGGCCAUUGCCAAGGCCAGGCUGGAGGAGCUGUGUGUCCUGCCCCUGCUGAUGGGCUGAGCCUGGGGCAGGAAGGGCACCCCCUGCUGAAGACACUCACUGGGUCUCAUUCAUGGCUGAUGCUCCUGGCCACCUAGGACAUACAUUUCUAUUGCCGUAGCCGCUGACUAACGGAUAACAGGAGCCCUGUCCUGAAGGCUGGGGCUUCCUGCACCAACACUACCUCCCCAUACCGCCACCUGGGAUCUUGUUACCCCACAUCUACAUCCCCCAUAGGGGGCUGAGAGGGGUGGCCUCGGGUUCUGCUCUCAACUGGUGUCUGAUGGAGACAGGGACUGCAGCCUUCAGAUCCUCAUGAGCUGGGGGUUUGGUUCAGGCCUGUCUUCAGUUCUGCCACCUGCUGUGGCCGGGACCAGUCCUGGUUGGACGGGCAAGUCAGAUCCUUCCACCCCCGCCUUGCUAGAAACCAGUUUGGUUCCCAUGCCGCUUGGCCCCCUUAACACUGAGAUGAGCUGGUGUUUGACAUCAGGAGGCAGCUUGGAGUUCUGACCAAUUUACACCAGCCCAGAUCCACCCCCUGGUGUCCUGUUAUGAUGGGAUCCCUGGGGUACGACCUGGAACUGUGGGACUGCUGUGCCCCCUUAACCAUGUUUUGCCAAACCCCUCCAGGGGCUGUUAUCAUUCAGCACCAGCAUGCAGGGACACACUCAGCUAAGUUGCAUGAAUGGUCUCCAAGCCACUCCUGAACUAUGCAGAGUGAAACACCAGCACAUCUCCCAAGCCCCCAGCCUUGCACCCCAGAAAUAUACUGUCUUACACUGCUCAAGACCUAUUCUUGAACCGUGCAAGCUCAUUAAUUAGUUUGCCCCUUCGUCAAAGGAUAGGGGACAUUCACCAGCCUUUGUAAUCUGAGCAGAUUCCCCAAGCACUUUAGACAAACUCAUUGCUAAGGAUAAAAUAUUAAAAUAAAAUCUAUCUUCCUAUAGUUAAUAAACUUACGUGAUUAUCAGUGUUUACGCCCAGAGGUCAAAGUGGGUUACAUAAGAAAUAAAAAUAGACUUGCAGUCUAAAUUCUAACUUGAACAGACAAAGAAAGAUUUACAUCAAACAGCUUUUCUUAUCCCCCUGGAUGUUGCAGGUAGGUUACAGUUCUUAAUACACAGGCUGGAUCUCUCUGUCAGCCUGGGACAAGUCUCCUCAGUUCAAAGCCUUUGUCUUCCCAGCAUUCUUGUUUCUUUCAGCAUAGGUAGGGGAGGAGAGAGGACAAAUGAUGAUGUCACUGUCCCUUUUUUAAUACUUUCUUCCAGGUGCUAGAAAGAUCCUUGCUGUGACAUGGGGGUUAGGCAGCUCCCAUUGGGUAUGUGGCCUCUCUGAGGAGUCUCAGAGAGUGAAUUCUUCUUGAUGGGCCAUCAACACAUGUCUGGCUGGUCCUGAUGUAAAUCUGUCUUGUCAGUUGUUCCUUUGUUGCCACUGAAAGGCCGGCUGUGGGCGUUUCCCACUUACCAAGUAUCUCAGUUGUGAUGUUGCCCCCCGUAAUGCUUUAUGGAAAUAUGCUUAUGAAUGUAUUUGUGACAUAACAGGAAUAUGUUUUAUGCUACAUAUUCCAUGUAACAUAUCUCUGCAAAGGUUAUGAUCUACUGAAUAUAUUCAUCCUAUUUGUAUGCAUGUAUCACUUUUAUAUUCGAAGUUAUGAAUAUUGGUUGUGUACUUGUUUGAUUUUAAGUAGCCUUAGUAAGGCAUUUGGUCAGCUUCUUAAGAAAGAAACACUUAAUGGACAAUGGAACCUUGGAAGACUGCAAUCCACAUAAGAAGUCUACCUGGGGAUGUUCAAAGUAGCAUGUGAACAAUGGCUGCCACCUGUAAAGUUCUGAGUCAUGCAUAGACAUGUGACUUGCCCAUGUGACUCCAAAACUCCAGCUUGCCGCUGGAUUCUGCAUAGGAGAGAGGAGCGGGUCUCCACCCACAAGAGAGAGUCUAUUUAAGCCCCUGGGAGACCCCUCCAUUUUGUCUUCAGCUGGCUCAAGAGAGAGCCUCUUCACCCCCAAGGAUACCUGAACGAAACUGGAACAAAGGACAGUAACUACAGGGGGUGUGAGUGAUUGCUGGACCCAGACUAGAAGGAGACUAGUCUGUAAAAGAAGCUUACUGGAACAUCUCUGAGGGUGAGAUUUCAUCUGCAAUCACUUUCCUACUGUAUUAGGCUUAGACUUGCAUGUUUUAUUUUAUUUUGCAUGGUAAUUCACUUUCUUCUGUCUGUUAUUACAUGGAACCACUUAAAUCCUACUUUUUAUAUUUAAUAAAAUCACUUUUUAUUAUUUAUUA